UUUGAUUAAUUUUUUUUGUCUUUACUGUUGAAAAUGAGACUUCCGUAUAUGAGCAGACGUUUGAUCACCAUUCACCUCUCCAACGGUAGGCGUACCAUAAAUUUUCUGCCUCUCUCUUUCUCUAUCCACACAGAGGAAAAUAAGAAACCCGGAAAGGAAAAGAUGAGCGACACAAAGUCCAAGUUCUUGGAAGCGUACUUUGUAUUGAAAUCUGAGCUUCUGCACGACCCUGCUUUCGAAUUCACCGAUGAUUCUCGCAAAUGGGUCGAGCGGAUGCUGGAUUACAAUGUUCCUGGAGGAAAGCUCAACCGGGGACUCUCAGUCAUUGACAGCUACAAGUUAUUGAAAGAAGGGAAAGAAUUGACUGAUGAUGAAAUAUUCCUUGCAUCUGCUCUCGGUUGGUGCAUUGAAUGGCUUCAAGCAUAUUUUCUUCUUCUCGAUGAUAUCAUGGAUAACUCUCAUACUCGCCGGGGUCAACCAUGCUGGUUUAGACAGCCAAAGAUUGGAAUGAUUGCUGUAAAUGACGGAUUGAUUCUUCGCAACCAUAUUCCCAGAGUUCUGAAGAAACAUUUUGGAGGGAAACCUUAUUAUGUAGAUCUACUUGAUUUGUUCAAUGAGGUGGAAUUCCAAACUGCCUCCGGACAAAUGAUAGAUCUAAUCACCACACAUGAAGGAGAAAAAGAUCUAUCAAAGUAUUCUUUACCUCUUCACCAUCGCAUUGUUCAGUACAAAACUGCUUAUUAUUCGUUCUAUCUUCCUGUUGCAUGUGCACUGCUUAUGGCAGGUGAGAAUCUUGACAAUCAUAUUGAAGUGAAGAACAUCCUUAUUGAGAUGGGAACCUAUUUCCAAGUACAGGAUGACUACCUGGAUUGUUUUGGUGAUCCCGAAGUGAUUGGAAAGGUUGGAACUGAUAUUGAAGAUUUUAAGUGCUCGUGGUUGGUAGUGAAAGCGCUUGAACUUGCUAGUGAGGAGCAAAAACAAUUGCUACAUGAAAACUACGGGAAAGCAGAUCCUGCUUCUGUGGCUAAAGUUAAAGAACUUUAUACAUCCCUAGAUCUUCAGGGUGUAUUUGCAGAGUAUGAGAGGACAAGCUACGAGAACAUAAUUAAACGCAUUGAAGCUCAUUCGAGCAAGGCAGUGCAAGCAGUGUUGAAGUCCUUCCUGACGAAAAUAUACAAGCGGCAGAAGUAGGAACUUUUGACAACAAGAAAGUAGACUGAACAUAAUAAAUAAAUCUUCAGAUCUUCUUAACCUAAUAUUACAUCUAUGUUUCUCUUUUGGAUUCUGCCUGUAGCUUAUGAGACAUUUACAUACUAUUGGGCUCUCUUGCUAUGGCUAUACAGAGGGAACUUUUGCAUAUCGUAGUUGAAUAAUGCUAUACAGGCGAAUAUGUGACCCAGUGAUAGAGUUCACAGUUUUAA